AUGACAACCGCAGUCACGGAGGAGGCUCCGCGUUACCCGCGGCUGCCUGCUGAUUUGCAAGGGCUUCCGGCGACGAUGGCAUCUGCAUCUGUUGCUGGUUUGUUGUCUCGUGCGUUGAUACAUCCACUAGACACCGCCAAGGCAGUGAUUCAGGUGCAGGUGAAGGCGGCGCCGCGACACGGUGUACAGACGCUGCUAGGCAGCUCGCGGACGCUGCAGACGUUGACCUCUCUCUGGCGCAAGGAGGGCCUCGUGGGCCUCUACAGGGGUUUCGGCAUCACGGCUGGACUGGCAGUGCCAGCGACUUGUCUGUAUUUUAGCGCAUACGAAGUCCUCAAGGCGCGGCUGCUGUGGCUCUCCCGUAGCCACGAGGAGCAGCAGCAACAACCGGAAGCAGCAGCAGCAGACAUCAGCUUCACAAGGGCGCUGCUGCUAGAUUCUGUUUGCGGAUUUACUGCAGAGGCCAUCGCCUGUCUCCUCUACCUCCCCAUGGACGUAUGCAAGGAACGCCUACAGGUUUACACAUCAAUGCAGCCCGAUGCCGUUCAGAAGAGAAAACCAACGCUUGCCGAUGUCGCGCGGAUGGGGGGCCUCCGCGGCCUUUACAGCGGCUACGGCGCCACCCUUCUUUCUUUCGGCCCCUUCAGCGCCCUCUUCUUUACCCUCAACCACCAAUUUGGCAAGGCAACGAGCCGCCUGCUGCAGCCGGCGGAGGCUGAGGGGUCUUCGGGUCGGCCGUCGUCGUCUUCUGCUGCUGCUCCCAGCAGUCCUCUCCUCGCGGCGUCUGUAGCCGGGGCUGCUGGGGGCUGUGCGGCCUUUCUGACGGCCCCUCUGGACAAAGUGAAGCUCAGGCUGCAAGUGCAAGUGGAGGCCUCUGCAGGUCGUCGGCCUCCGUUUUACUACAAACACUUUUUUCAUGGUCUAAUUUCUCUCUGCAAGACUGAAGGAGUGGCCGGGUGUUUCGCAGGUGUUGGAGCGCGGACGAUGUUUCACUCGGCUUCUCUUUUUAUGACUUUUCUCUUCAUGCAAAAUGCCCGCAACCUAUACUGCCGUUACUUCGAGGCCUAG